CAGCUCGAAUGCUGCGCCAGCAAAUCGACCCCAUCCGAUCACCGCCCGAAUAAACCAUGCAUCAGGAGUACUCGACCACCACGGAGGAGUCGUCGGGCGGCGAGGCCUUCUCCAGCUGCAACGACCUGGACGACGAGCAGAACUUCCUGAUGCAGUACCUCUACCAGCAGGAGGCGGACGCCGCCGCCGAGGAGGAGCACCUGGAGGAGGCGGCGCGCGGUCGCGCCGCCACCAUCAGGUUCCGCCCGUCGAGCGUGGAGAGCGACGUGGAGAAGACGCCGUCGGCGUGCGAGUUCUUCACCAACGAGCUGGACUUUUCGCACAAGUUUGUAGACAAAGUCCUCAAAUCGGCGAAGCGCUUCUACGAGCGCAAAUCGAAGAAGCGCCUGGAGAAGGGCCCGGCCAAGCCGCAGGUGGCCGACAUCGCGUGGCCGACGAUCGGCGAGUUCGACGAGCGCGCCGGCCACGACAAGAUCCUCGAGUACAUCGCCGAGACGAUGCUGACGAAGGAAACGUGGGCGACGGACGUGCGCCUGCGCAGCAUCGCCUCCGACUGUUUGAGCGAGUUCUACAGCUACGAGGCGAGGUUCUCGAUAUCGACGCCGUGCUAUCCGAUACCGCAGGCGACGGCGAGCGUCUUCUUCGAGUUCGAGGUGUGCAGGGCGAAGCCGCCCGAUUGCACCGUCGACGUGGCCUUUAGGUUGGAGGAUUUCCGGCUGGCGAUGGCGCCCGGGAAGGAUCUCAUCUCGGACGCGCUGCUGUUUCGCGUCAUCGAUAUGAAAUUGGCCGUUUUUAAGAAAUUCCGUUUUUGAGGUUUUUUUUUUGAGUUUAUUAUUUUUUUAGUGUUGGUUAUACUGUAGGUUGUAUUUGUGUAUAAAGGAU